UUUAUCGUUAGUCAUAUUUCUUUUAGAAUUCCAGAUAAUAGAUACCAGAAAUCGUUCCAUAAAGUUUCUUCCGACUUGUAUUUAACUAAAAAUUAUACGUUUAUUACUUUUUGCAAAAAAUAAAGUUAAAAUUUUGUUGUUGAAGUAUAAUGGGAAGCAAAGGUGUUGUUGGUUUUGUCCAGGACUUUUAUUACGAUCCAUUCAAAUGGUCAGUUGUAAAAAGUGUUGGAUUUUUCGCAAUCGGCAUAGUUAUAGCUAAAGAGUGCACGGGCCUAGAAGUUAUGCCAGCAGUGCCUCAAUAAAUUACACUACACAAAUUAUAGUAAAAUGUUAAGUUUUAUUUUUUUAUUACUCCUCCACACGUCACUGUGUGAGGAUAGAAAACCAAACUUUGUUAUAGUUCUAACCGAUGAUCAAGAUGUCACAUUGGGAGGAAUGACACCAAUGCAGAAUGUGCAGAGAUUCAUAGCAAAUGAAGGCACUUCUUUUGCAAACUCAUAUGUGACAUCACCAAUCUGUUGUCCAAGUCGUGCUAGUUUACUCUCUGGUCUACAUGUCCACAACCAUCUGACUUGGAACAACAGCCUUCAUGGUGGCUGCAAUGGAAGGUAUUGGAGAAGGUUAGAAGCAAGAACAUUUGCCACUACCUUGAAAGGUGCUGGCUAUAAUACUUUUUAUGCUGGGAAGUAUUUAAAUACUUAUGGUGCCAAAGAAGCAGGUGGGAUUGAAAAUGUACCUCCUGGCUGGAGUGACUGGCAUGGACUAGUUGGUAACUCUGUGUACUACAACUAUACAAUCUCUAAUAAUGGUGUGCCCACAUAUUCCACCGACCUGUACCUUACUGAUGUUCUUCGUGAUUUAGGCGUCAGCUACAUAGAGAACCAAACUGAAUCGCAACCAUUCCUGAUGGUGCUAGCUCCGCCGGCGCCACACCAACCAUUUACCCCUGCGCCUCGACACAAAGACAUUUAUAAGAAUGUCACUGUUGUUAGACAUCCUAACUUUAAUAUCCCGGCAAAGGAUAAACACUGGCUUUUAUCCAUGCCACCAUCUCCUCUACCAGAGACAAUAUUUCCAGAAUUGGACCGAGUAUAUCGUUCCCGUUGGGAGAGUUUAUUGUCUGUGGACGAGAUGGUCGCUGAUAUUGUAGAAACACUGGACAACCAGAAUUUGUUGGAUAACACAUAUCUCAUUUAUACGUCGGAUAAUGGAUAUCAUAUUGGUCAAUUCUCACAAGUAUACGACAAACGUCAGCCAUACGAAUCUGACAUCAAAGUGCCUCUCAUAAUACGUGGUCCGACAAUAGCUAAAAAUUUCACAGACAACCAACCCGUACUAAACAUAGAUUUGGCUCCAACGAUUAUAGAGUUGGCGGGUCUCACGCCUCCUAAAUCUAUGGAUGGGAAAGCAAUACAGUUUAAUACCCCAAAAGAUAGAGAAAGAAACAUGCUUGUCGAGUAUUACGGAGAAGGGAGGGAUGGAACUGUGGAUCCAGACUGUCCAUGGGCGUAUGAUAGAGAUCAAUUGGCUCAAUGUUACCCUCUGUACGAUUGCAAGUGUCAAGACUCGAGAAACAACACGUACGCAUGUCUGCGACAUAUCUCAAAGCGAGUCAAUAUGAAGUACUGUGCAUUUGCUGAUGAACAGAAUUUCAAAGAAAUGUAUAACCUAAAUUCGGAUCCCUACGAACUUAGAAACAUCAUCGACGAUGUGCUGCCCUCUAUCCGCCAUUGGUACAAACUCACCCUUACACAGAUGCUUACAUGUAAAGGUGCAGAUAAUUGCGAUAACCCUCUAGAAAAUCCCAAACAUUUCUCAAUAUUUUAACUUAGUGUAAAAUCGACAUUUUAGAACGACUUUUUCGUAACUAAGUCCAUACACAUCCUCGAAGUAAUCUAAUAUAUUAAUAUUAUUUUUUGUUCGUCACUUAAGACAAUACACAAUCACACUGCUACAUACCAUAAACAAUUUGUAAAUUAAAAAAAGUUAUAAUUUUAUUCUUUUAAAUAUAUUAUAUUCAAACUGUAAAAUGAAUUUUCUCUCACUUUUGAUGUACUCGUGUAGAUUUUAGUUGUAGCAAUAAAAAUAGAUAGAAAUUG